AUGAAGGGCGAACACAAGCCAGCUACUCAUCCUAGCAAAAGUUCUAGGGCAGUUCCCAUAAUUUUGACGUUGAUUGUUCUCUGUGGAUUCUCCUUCUAUCUUGGAGGCAUUUAUUUUUCCGAAGGGAAAAAACUUUUCACAAGGAACGCGGCCACAGCAGAGGGAGCUUCAGUUAAAUCAUUUUCCACUUCUCUUCAAAUAAAGGCUACCAUCUUCCCUGAGUGCAGUAGCGAUUUUCAAGAUUACACCCCAUGCACUGAUCCAAAGGUGCAGCAAUAUAUAGCCGCUCUCUCUUCCUUUUUUUUGGCAAAAACAUCCAUUGAAAAUCAUGUGUAGCAAGCUUUAUGCUAUUGGUGCCGCUCCAAAAAAUAAAAAAAAUGCUUCAAACAGAUAAAUUUGGAGAAAGACAUUCAUUGGUUGUACCAUUUACAUGAAUGUUAGGCGAGGAUAUUUUGGCACAAUACGAGCCAUCAUCAUCAUUUUCAUCUACUCCAAAAUACUUGAGCCUGGGAAAUGGUUCAUGGAAAUUUGCAUUCUUGUGCAUCUUGUUUGUGCUUGUUGUGCUUAUACUCAUGCUUGUGAUUGUAUUUUUCUCCACUGUUUCAGUCUUCUUCUUUAUCGUUUUGAGUCUUCCAAAAAUUAUAUUUUGAUUAAUGUGGCAUGUUUUUUCCAUUUAAUCCACAUUCCCUUUUCAUUUUUUCACGGCUGUCGUUUUAGUUGUACAAUGCUGUGAGAAUUGUCGUUUUAGCGAGGUUUUCAUUUAAUCUAGUUGAUUUCAGGGUAAUAUGUGAUGCCACAUGUCAUGUCAAGUUGUAAUUCUCAAUCACAAGGAGUACAUUUCCAUUUAAAUUCUCCUUUUUCGGUGGCUUGCUUUCUGUUUUUCAACUGGUCCUCCUGCACGGUGUUUAUUUUUUGGUAUUUCUCCACUGGCAAACAUGUCAUUGAUGAAUAUUUUAUUCGUACACCGCUUUAUGUUUUACGUCCUCUUGAGAUGCUGAGUUUAAUAUGCCAAUGAAUGUAACAUUUCAGAGAUGGAGAAAGUAUGGCCACUAUCGACUUUCCUUUAUGGAACGGCACUGCCCACCUAUUUUUGAAAGGAAACAAUGCUUAGUGCCUCCUCCUGCUGGAUACAAGACCCCAAUCAGAUGGCCAAAAAGCAGAGAUGAAUGUUGGUACAGGUAACCAGGCCAUUUCUAACCUUUGUUAGAUUAUUUGAGAUAUAAACACAUUAUUAUUUUUAAUGAAGGGGAAAUAAAGCGGGGGUGGGGAAGGGGAGCCGACUGGGUUAGAAUCUGUAUGGAGCCCUCAGAUGGUCGUCAGUCAUACGUGUCAAUUUAGUCGUCUGUCCUGUCUUUGAUAAAGCGCAUUUAAGAGGAUUAUUUGCAUUUGAUUUCAGAAAUGUGCCAUAUGAUUGGAUAAACAACCAGAAAUCGAAUCAGAAUUGGUUGAGGAAAGAAGGUGAAAAAUUCCUUUUCCCUGGGGGAGGUACCAUGUUCCCCAAAGGAGUUGGUGCAUACGUCGAUCUAAUGCAAGACCUUAUUCCGGAAAUGAACGAUGGGACUGUCAGAACGGCUAUUGAUACAGGGUGUGGGGUGAGUUACUUCUCUCUCUCUCUCUCUCUCUCUCUCUCUCUCUCUCUCUCUCUCUCUCUCUCUAUGUAUGUGUGUGUGUGUGUGUGUGUGUGUGAAUAUAUAUAUGCAUUUACACAUAAGUACAUAUAUACAUGUCCGCACUCACACACAAAGGUAUAUAUGCACACGCACGCAUCAUGCACGGAUUGUACGUCUCCCAUCCGCUGAUCUUCACUAACAUAUUGCAGUACAAUCAUGCAAUAGUAUGUAUGGUGCACAUAGCCUCAGACUGAUACACGUAAUUAGACAUUUUGUAUGUCACAAAGGCAUAUUUGAGCUAGUUUUUCUGUCUUCCGCGGAAAAAUUAUUCUCCUUUAGUACGGUUGGAUGGCUGUAUUUGUAUGGUAUUGACUAUAAACACACGAGUCUUCUAGCAAGUUGGAAUGUUCAUCUCGAUGCCCAUUUGACUAACUCUCCAUGUUUCUAUUGUCCUGAUUCGCGAUACCUUGAUGUUUAUUUACCCAUAGAUCAGAACAAAGUCUAGAUGCUAACCUCCGGUUAGAAGGACGGAGAGUUGACCUGCUUCAUAAUUAACCUCGCCUCACCAUUUUAUUAUAUUUUAUUUCCAGAUUAUCAUCAACAUUGUUUCCAUCUUAUAUCUCUAUCUAGCGAAUAAGAUAAUAACUGCCUUUGGUUAUACUUGGCGCUAUUUUUGUCUCCACAGGUCGCGAGCUGGGGAGGUGAUCUGCUGGACCGCGGGAUCCUCACAGUCUCUCUCGCGCCGAGAGAUAACCACGAGGCUCAGAUCCAAUUCGCCCUGGAACGCGGUAUUCCAGCGGUCCUGGGCAUCAUUUCCACCCAGAGGCUUCCCUUCCCGGCCAACUCCUUCGACAUGGCUCACUGUUCGCGGUGCCUCAUCCCGUGGACAGAGUUUGGUGAGUAAUCACCGCAUUUAGAAGGGUGGGGGGGGGGAGGGAAAAAAUAGAUAAACAUAUUGGGAGAUGACGAUUUUGCCUCCUCCGCAGGUGGAAUAUAUCUCAUGGAGGUGCACAGAAUCCUCCGCCCCGGAGGCUUCUGGGUCCUCUCCGGGCCGCCGGUGAACUACGAGAACCGGUGGAGGGGAUGGAACACGACGAUCGAAGAGCAGAGGACAGACUUCAACAAACUGAAGAAGCUCCUCACCAGCAUGUGCUUCAAGCUGUACAACAAGAAGGACGACAUCGCCGUGUGGCAGAAGAGCUCCGACAGCAGCUGCUACGAUCAGCUCAAGAACCCCGACUUCUACCCGCCGCUGUGCGACGACGGCACCGACCCCGACGAGGCCUGGUACACCCCGUUCCGCACCUGCGUCUCCCCCCCCGGAGAGAACUUCAAGAAUCUCGCCCUCAAGGCCACCCCCAAGUGGCCUCAGCGACUCGAUGCCACCCCCGAGCGGCUCUCGGCCGUUCCCCAGGCCAGCCCCGCCGCCUUCAAGCACGACGGCAGCAAGUGGAAGGCGAGGGCGAAGCACUACAAGACCCUGCUCCCGGCCCUCGGCACAGACCAGAUCAGGAACGUCAUGGACAUGAACACGCUCUACGGAGGCCUCGCCGCCGCCCUCAUCGACUCCCCUCUCUGGGUCAUGAACGUCGUCUCCUUCUACGGCCUCCGCUCCCUCGGCGCCGUCUACGACCGUGGCUUGAUCGGCUCCUAUCACGACUGGUACGCCCCAAAAAUCAAACCCAUCACUUUCCCAUGUAUAAUGAAGCAUUUAUUAUACAUGGACUUAGUUUUUUUCCCCAUUUGGGUUCUUGACACGCAGGUGCGAAUCAUUCUCCUCCUAUCCUCGGACAUACGAUCUCCUGCACGUUGACGGGCUGUUCACCGCGGAGGGCCACAGGUGAAGUCAACACCCACCAACUACGAGCUCGAAACCCCACCACCCACCCUCAUCAUCAUCUGACCCCUACAUCUUGCCAGAUGCGAGAUGAAGUACGUGCUCCUGGAGAUGGACCGGCUGCUCCGUCCGCAGGGCUACGCCAUAAUCCGCGAAUCCAAGUACCUGGUGGACGCCAUCGCCACCAUCGCCAAGGGAAUGAGGUGGGACUGCAGAAGCCACGACACCGAGUACAAGGUGGAUACCGAGAAGGUCCUCCUCUGCCGCAAGAAGCUCUGGUAUUCCUCCAGCGCCCGCCUCUGA